AUGACAGAUGUAAAACAAUGCUUCUUCAAAUUGCCUGGAAGAGGAAAAAUACUCAUAUGUUGUGAUGGAGCAUCAAAGGGUAACCCUGGAAAUGCUGGAAUGGUUUUUGUGGCAAGGAAUGAAGAUGGUGGAUGCCUUGGAGCAUCUUCUGGAGGUUUGGGGAUAGCAACAAACUAUCUGGAUGAGGUAAUGGCUUUGGUGGUAGCUGGUGAAUGGGCAGUGAAGAAAAGGUAUAAGAAUGUAUGUUUCAGUCUUGACUCUAAAGCAGUUUUGUUAGCUUUCAGCAAUGGUAGAAUACCUUGGAUUGUUGUGAAUAAAUGGAACAAAAUUAGAAAGUACAUAUCAAGAAUCACAUUCACACAUUCAUAUAGAGAGAUAAACUUUUUUGCUGACAAGAUGGAUAAACAAGGUGUACUUCUUGUAAGAGGAACAGUUCUAUAUUAUGAGGACAAGCCAGACUUUCUGAAUCAGUUGGAGUAUGAAGAUGGUAUUUACUUUAGGUUCAGCUCCUGA